AUGAGGUUAGAGACAAAGGUAUACAGAGCUCGAAAACUUCCUGUGCUAUUUUUUAACAUUGCGCAAUCCGCUACGCACAAUAAAUAUGAAAUGAGUGGUACUUCACAUCGAGUCAGAAAGCGAAUGUCAUGUCGGGAGAGAUGGAUAGAAAAAUAUUAUAAUUUAAGCUUAUCAGGGUGGCUAACUAAACCACGUUCACCUAUGGAAUCUGGAGAUUUAGAUGAUGAAUCAAGCAAUACUUCAUCAUCUCCGAAUCCUUUAUCACAGAAUUUUAUGACAGAAAAUGGACUCCGAUCGAUACAAUUGAUAGAAACAUCAAAUAAUGAACUUGUCCUACCAAACAUUCAACUAUUCACCGAAACAAUCUUACAGCAAAUAGAACCAGAUAACUCAUCAUUAAUAUUACCAGCUAACGAAUCCGAUGAUCAAUUACCAUCGAAUUAUCUUCCAAAUAUAAUUCAACGUGUUCGACAAAAUCAGCUAUGCAUUGAUCCAAAAGAUUUCGUGAUUCCUUACACUCCGAUAACGGUUGAAGAAAGAUUAGCUGGUACCGAUGAAGUUCAGACAACAGUGAUUGAUACAUGUGGAAUGACCAGCUUACCAUAUACUCUUCACGAUGAUGAUCCAUUUGAUACUAAAUAUCCGAAUUUUAAAACGAAGCUACCUCCAAUAUCAACAUUUUUCAAUUGUCGUCACAAAAGACAAUCGUAA